AUGAUAUCUACUCGUCGUAAUAUUCGACAGCGUUGUCAAUUAAAAUAUUCCAAACAUGGUACAUUUUCUUGGGACAAAUGGAUUGAAUAUGAUUGUAUCUUUUCAUCAUUUGUUGACAAUGACGAAAAACAACAUAAUCGACUUGAAUUACAUUCAAGAAAUAAUCUACAGGAACCUAAUGGUAAAGUUAUCGACUUAAAAGGAUUACAUUCAAUAACUUCAAUACAUGGAAAUAUUGUUAAAAAAGAACCCAAAGAUAUAAUUAUACUUAAAAUUGGUGGAAAAAAACAUCGUCUUGGUUUUGAUCAUAUAUAUGACUAUAAUCAAUGGAAAACACUUCUUGAUGGUGUUUAUAAUUCUGGAUGGGAUAUGACAAAUAGUGAUCGUCUAGAUGAAAAUCCAUCUGUAAAUAUGUUGUAUGAAUCAGCUUCUGCAAUGCGAUAUCGUGUUAAAUUUGCUGAUUUAGCAACUCAAGAAGUUUUAUGUUUACCAGGCAGUGAUUGUGAAUUAAUAUUUGAUGCGGAUAAAUUAAUUCUUGAACAACGACAUGAUAAACAAUAUACAUUUCCACGUUCAACAAUUCGUACAAUACGUUUAAUAAAUGAUGAGGAAAUUGAAUUUGAAUUAGGUUCACGUGCACCAGUUCACGGUUUUAUACGUUUUCGUUUUGAAUCACCAGUGGAUACACGCUCAUGUUAUUCACAAUGGAAUGAAGGUGUAGUAAAAAUAGACACAUAUAAUCCAAAACGUCGUUCAACUUUAGAUACUUCUCAAUAUAUCGAACAUCCAAUAAUACCACCACGUGCUCCAUUAGAACAAAAGUAUAGUUAUCAAGCAGCACGACCUUCACCAAGAAGUGUAUCAAACAGAAGUCUAUACUAUGAUAACAAUUCACCAGUUCCAUUAAUGACAACAACCGUAACUCAAAAUGAAUAUUCAGCUUUUCAUACACUUGUUUAA